AUGUCUCCUGAAGCCAACGGGAGCCCCUCUCCGGACGCCGCUCCCGCGCAGGAAAAGGACGUGCUAGAAGAUGUGGACCCUCUGGAAGGAGUUGACUUGACGAUACCCGAGGACUGUGAAGAGGUUGCUAUGAAGAAUGGGGUCACAUACAGGGGCGAGUGGAGGAACGGAAAGCAGCAUGGACGCGGGGAGCAGCGGCAGGCACAUGGGGUAGUGUACACCGGCCAGUUCAAUCAGGGGCAAAUAGACGGAUUCGGAAGACUCACUCGGGCAGACGGCAGUAAAUAUGAAGGAGAAUUUGUUAAGGGGAAGGCUGAAACGCGCACAAGACCAGGGGUAUAUACCUUCCCCGAUGGUUCGAAGUACGUUGGCCAUUGGAAACAAGACAAACGCCACGGUGAGGGGUGCGAGACGUUGGCUGACGGCUCAAAGUACCGCGGCCAGUUCGUUGAUGGGCUGAAAUCUGGCCACGGAGUCAUGACGGCUUCGAAUGGAGAUACCUACGAGGGAGAAUUUCAACAGGGAGAGAUGAGCGGCCACGGGCGAUAUUCGUGGCCGGAUGGGCGGGUGUACGAAGGGGAGUGGAGAGCGAGUCGCAUGCACGGAAAAGGCACUUUCUACUUUACAGACGGCAGGAAGUACGUAACCGUAUCAACAGUAUUUGCUGGUGCGGCAACUGCAGCAACUGCAGCAGAAGUAGCACGCGUGGCUGCGUUUCUGUGCUGUUGUGAUGAUCCGUGCCUGUGCCCCGCAGUCGCGCAGAAAACACAUGCAUCCACUGUACACUUCAAAUGGCAGGGGAAAUAUGAAGGCGAUUUCGUGGACAGCAAAAUGCAAGGGGAGGGGUGUCUGACAUGGCAAGACGGCUCCUCUUUCAAAGGCCAGUUCAAGAACGGGCUGCCGCACGGAGAAGGCCGCCACACGCCAAAGGGGGGCGCACCUUCACCUCUAGCUCUCUGGAAUCUUGGCGUACGGGUGAAGUGGCUAGAGGGCCCAGCUGCAGUUCAAGCCGCUGCAAACAGUGCCACUGAAAGCCCCCCUGGGGCCCUUUCGAAGCGGAACUCUGCUCAGAGUGCUGCUGCACAAUCAGGGGAAGCGGCAGCAGCAGCGGCAGCAACAGCGGCACCAGCCACCGCAGCAGCAGCAGCAGCAAAUUAG